GUCACCUCCAUUGUGCUGGGAAGGGACGGGUUUUGGGACAAGGUGGAGAAGGCCCUCGCAGUGAUGUCUCCUGUUGUGGAGCUGUUGCGCCUGGUCGACGGGCCAGGCGCAACAAUCUCGAAGGUCUACUUCAAGAUGGAUGCGCUCGUCGAGAGAAUGCGCGACCUCGAGUGUGUCGCCCCGGGUAAGAAGGCCGACAUCGAGGACAUUCUAAUGCAUCGGUGGUCGUUCAUAACGAGUGAGCUGCACUGCGCGGCUGCUUUCCUUAACCCGGAGUUCCGACACAGUGCAUUGGCAGAGCGGGAUCGGGAGGCUCGCGCGGGGUUCAAUAUUUGGUUGUACUCGUGGGCGCCGAAAGAUAAACCCACCCUCGACGAACUGAGCCGGCAAGUUGAUGACUGGACCAAACUGCGUGGGUCAUUCAACACACGAGAGGCAGCGGAGGCGGCGCGUGUGAAACCAGCGGCCUUGUGGUGGGAAGCAUUUGGGGGAAAGUUGGACCUUCUGCAGCCACAAGCCGUCAAAUUGCUUGGCCAAGCAAGCUCGUCCGCUGCAUGUGAGCGGAAUUGGAGCUUGCAUGAGCUCAUUUUUGGAAGACGGCGCACGAAGCUCAUGCCGGAGAGACUGUCAAAACUGGUGUUCAACAACUGGAACACCCAAUUGAUCCGGAGUUGCACCCGCGGCGGUAAGGAGGAGGUCCACAUCCCUUGGGAGGAUGACCGACCGGUGCAGGCGGAAGUUGAGGAGUGGUACAACACGUGGGUGGCGACGGCGGUGUCCAAUGACGAUGACGCAGCAGACACGCUCGAUGACGCGGAGGUGGGGGAGGAGGAUGGGGACGAGCCACUCAUGCGAACUUGGCUGCGAAAUGACGAGUGGGAUGACCAAGAGUGUGAGGCGGAGGACAUAGCCCUCGGGAGACGUGCGGACGGAGAGCUGAAACGCAAGAGGGGCCGACCCUCAAACGCGGAGCUGGCAGCAGCAGCAGAUGACAAUGAGGCAGCAGCAGCAGGCGACGAGGUGGCAGCAGCACCGUCGCCGGCAUCCUCAUCUUCCUCGUCGGACGAUGAGGAUGCAAGUGGGAAAGGGGCGGAGUCCAUGGAACACGGUGAAGGAGACGGGGACGACACGGGUGAUAGUUCGGAGGGUAGCGAGGGGCAAUCCGGGGAGGAAGAGGAAGGAGACGGCGGGGAGGAGUAGGAGAGAGCAUCAGAGCUCACUCCUGCAAACUUUGAAAGUGGGUAGUUUAGUUUUCAAUUC